CAAUUCCUUUUCCUGAGAAACAAACACAACAGCAGCGCAAACAAAAAUUCCACUCCCAAAAUUCUAUCUCAUACUUCUCGAACUUUCUACCUGACUCCUCAAAUCUCAACCUUUCGUGCAAGAAGGCCUUCUCCUUUUGUUUCUCUUCAGGGAGGAUCAGGUUGCUGCGUGGCAGAUCUGAUCCCCAUUUGUUCUUCUAGAUCUGCCACCCCCUCCAUGCACUGAGCUCUUCUUUUCUGGCUUCUGAGCGAAUCACGAAAUGGGUAUACUGUUUACGCGUAUGUUCUCUUCGAUCUUUGGCAACAAAGAGGCUCGAAUCCUCGUUUUAGGUCUAGACAAUGCGGGGAAAACCACAAUUCUUUAUCGGCUUCAAAUGGGUGAAGUUGUGUCCACAAUCCCAACAAUUGGAUUUAAUGUGGAGACGGUGCAAUAUAAUAACAUCAAAUUCCAGGUCUGGGAUUUAGGUGGACAGACAAGUAUCAGGCCGUAUUGGAGGUGUUAUUUUCCAAACACUCAAGCUAUAAUCUAUGUUGUUGACUCAAGUGACACAGAUAGGCUGGUGAUUGCUAAAGAUGAAUUUCAUGCAAUCCUGGAGGAGGAAGAGUUAAAAGGAGCGGUCAUUCUUAUUUAUGCAAACAAGCAGGAUCUUCCUGGUGCACUUGAUGAUGCUGCAGUGACUGAGGCUCUAGAGUUGCACAAGAUAAAAAAUCGCCAGUGGGCUAUUUUUAAAACUUCUGCAAUAAAAGGAGAAGGCAUCUUCGAGGGCUUGGAUUGGUUGAGUAACACACUGAAGGGUGGAAGUGGCUAAUCCUUUGCAUGAGGUAGAAGCUUUGCUGCAAUAUCAACAAAAGCUAAAGCCAAAAAAGAUGGAGAUUGGUGUUUGCUUGGUAUAUUGGUAGAAAUUUUAAUUGUGGGCAACCAAUGUCACAAUUGACCCCCCACUUUUUUUUUCUGCUUUGGUCUUUAUUUCUGGUAAACGUCUUUUUAAUACAUGUAAAAUUUUUUACAAAGGUAUUGACCUUUCGGCUCAUACUUUCUGCUAAGAUAACUUCCAUUGAUUC